AUGGCUGGAACGCAGCAGUAUAACUUUCCCCCUCCUCCACCUCCUCCCUCCGGGCCGCCGGCUGUAGGGUAUCCCCAACAAAAUCCUCAGUACGGAUAUCAACAACCUCCCCCAUAUCAGCAGACGCGCAACAACGGUCCCCCAAGAGGUGGUGGAAGAGGUGGUCAUUCUGGUCCUCCUCACCCACAUCAAAAUGGUUACAAUGGUCCACAAGGCCCUCCGCAGAUACAGGGCCCGCCAAGUGAUCAAUAUAAUCCGCAUAAUCCGGCACCUUACAUAGGGCCACCAAACAGUUCUCAAGGUCCUGGCCAUAACGGUCCACCCAGUAAUUACCCUCAGCAAUGGCAACAACAAGGUCAGCAUGGCCCCCCUCAGCAUAAUCAUGGUCCACCUCAACAAGCGCACCAGCCACCACCUCAGGUUCCUCUUCAAGCUCAGAACUACCAUCCUAAUUAUGCUCCACAAGGCUUCAAUCAAGCACCACCACAGUAUGGUCCACAGCAACCUCCACCAUUUCAACAACCUUAUGGACCACCUUCCCAGCAACCACAUCAUGGUGGCCCACCCCAACAAUGGCAAGGUCCACCUCAGGGACAACCUCAGUUCAACAAUAACCAUAGAGGCCGCGGUCGCGGUGGCUUCAAUAAUGGCCGUGGUGGUCAUGAAGCACCUCUCAUGGGGCCUCCGAUCCGCAUGGGAUUUGAGAACGAACGUGGAGAUCAUAUGGCUCAAGCGGGCACUGGUUUCCCUACUCCCCAUUAUUCCACUCAUCAAACUCCCCCUGCUCCGUUUUCUCAGCCAACCUAUCAAGCGUAUCCCCCACAAAACUUUCCUAAUGGAGGUCAUGGUGGACAGCGUCCACCAAAUGAUUCUCAUUCUUUCAACUCGAGCUCUAAUCGGGGCAGAGGAAAUGGGAAUUUUAGAGGUAGAGGUCGCGAUAAUUUUCAAUUUCGCGGCCGGGACAACAAUCGUCCUUUCAAUGGCAAUUCACAAUCUCCUCCGAUGCAUUUAAAGCCUGCAGGUGCAGGGGACAAUGCGAAGAAGAAUAAGAAGAAGCGCAGAACAAAUACCCUUGGCUUGACACCGAACGGUGUAGACCAUGAAGAUAGCGAUGAUGAAAUUGACGAUGUUGAUGAAGAAGCCCGUUUGGUCACUUUGCUUGGUCCCGACACUCCACAGUUACCUGCAGAUCUCAAGGCAUGGCUCGCUGAGCGCAAAAAUCGCUUCCCUACGAAAGCUCGUAGAGAAGCUGCUGCUGAGGAGCUUCGCUUGAAACGUGAGCAGAAUAAGACCAAUAGGUUUAAGAGAGAGCCUGAAACAAAGGUCGUCAAAAAGGAUGAUGGAGAAACCAAACUCGAGAAACAGCAACGCAAGGCCGAGAAACUCAGAUUAGAACUUGAGAAGGCUGAACGUAAGAUCAAACAGGAAAUGUCCGGUGGAAAACGCAAGCGUGAAAACGGCGACGAGGGUGACGAAGACCGUGGCCAAGUGAGUGAUGAUGACUCUGAUUCAUCCAGUUCCGACUCAGGGAAGCCGGAUGCAAUGUCGUCGCGAAACAAUGGUCAUAAUGGUAUUGUACAUGCACGAGCACCACCAACAAAAGCUCAGCUUCAACGUCACUGCAAGUACUAUUCUACUGGUGGCACCUGCGGCAAGAAGGGCAAGUGUCGCUUCGUUCACGAUCUGGACGUCCGUAACCAAGCUUUGCGAGAGAAGGAGUUGAACGGUGGUAAAAUGACUAUUGCGCAACGUCUCAUUCUCAACGAUACCGCCAAGGAUGAUUUGACCAUCUUGAAGUCUAUCAAGUACCUCAAGGAGAAGGGUUUGAUGCCAGAGUCGUCCUCUGUUAGUGCACCACCAGCAGAAGAAACCGAACCCAAAACUGAGGAGAACGAUUACACCGACGCACCCGAAUAUGGAGAGGUCUAA